AUGGAAGUCGAUCAAGUACCAGGUGUUUUGCACACCAUUUUGACCUCCGAAGAGGUGGAGCAGCUCGGGGAAGCGUCGGCUAAAAAGAUCAAAGACGCGUUGGAAAAAAAGUUUGAGGAAUUCCUCAUGGCUAAAGCGAUAUGUGAAACUACCAAGACUGACUUAGACAUCAUGAAAACCGACUAUGAGAGGAAAAUAGAAGAGUUGACGUUGAAAGUAGAAGAUGAAUCUGCCAAAUACCAUUCCUCGCAGAUGAGCGUCAAAGAAAUGCGCAUAGAGCUGGAAGAUGUAAAACAAGAGCUUAUAAAAUCGAAGGAAAAGCUCUUAGCAAAUGAAGUUGAAAAUGACCGUUUCCGAAAGGAGCGUAAUCAAGCACUGGCCGAACGUGACACCAUGGACAGUGCAUUAAAGCGCAAAGAGCUAGAAGUCGACAGGUUACACUAUGACGUGCUCGAGCUGGAGAAGAAAAUUAAAUCCACCAACGCGGCCAAAUGUGAAGCAUUAACCAAAUUGGAGGAGAUUGUAAGCAAAGAACACAGUCUCGAGUUUAAGGAAAAGCGUAUGGAUCAGGAAUUGUCGAUGCGCGACAAUCAGAUCGCUCGGCUAACCCAGGACCUGGAUCAGACAUUACGCGAACUACAAGCUAUUCGACGCGAUCAGAACAUAAAUUUCCUCACAAUGGAAGCUAAGCUGACGGAGAAAAAUGAAGAGUUAAAAAUUGCGAACCAAACGAACUCAUUUGUUUCGGAACAAAAUGUGGAGCUGUCAUCAAAGGUCGAGGAAUUAGCUACUAAGAACAUGAAGCUUAGCAACGAAAUGUCCACUAUGAUGGAGCAUUAUCGCAAGGAGCUGGAUUCUCAGAACCGCUUGUGUGAGUUACUGCAGCAGGACAAACACGACCAUAUGCAACAAACUAAAGAACUGGAAUCCGCAAUUACUGCCCUGCGCCAAAUGCUUAACGAAGCGACGGAAUCCUGCGGUACGAUCGAAACCGAGAAGAAGCAACUCGAGUUGAAACAUGCUGAUGAGCUUGCAAACCGAGACAAGACGAUUAGCGAUAUGCGAGAAGAGCUUAAACAUGCUAACGAGUUGCUCGCCGAAGCUCGGGAAGAAAAUGUGGAACACGCCGUGGAAAAGCUUGCACCGUCUGCAGCUGCUACCAGCCGCAUGCUGAAGACCGGAAUGUCAUCGACGGAAGUUUACACCUUGUACGUGCGCACCAUGGAAAAACUGCAACAAGAGGAGAAAGAGCAUGAAAAAUUGAAAAUACAGACACAGACUAUCUUGCAAGAGUUGGAACAAAGCGCACCGGAAAUUUUACGCCAGCAGACCGAGAACCAAAACUUAAAGGAGGCGAACGAAGAAAUAACGUUACAACUCAAUAAUUUGAUCACGCAAAGCGGAGAGCUACAUGCGGAGAUUGCGGCACUGCGGAAUAAGAUCCGCGUGAUGGAGGUAGAAAAUAAAAAAUUCUACCUAGAACGCGCCGAUCUCAGCCGACAAGUGUGUCAUUUAUUGAACGAAGUAGAAAAAAUGCAACAUGGUGUAGCUACGCAAGACGCGGAUCAUACUUUUAACCUGAAUCCAUACGUCGAAAAGGAGCUGAUAACGUUUAGCAAUAUUCAAACUCUUCAGAGUAACAAUAUGAGGUUGCUGUUAAUUAUUCGAGAUUUCGGUAUAAAAGUGGAAGAACUGGAAAGGGUCCAAAACUCGAUGAAUGCAGCGACGUAUGAGGCAAAAUUGGAAGCAUGCAACAAUCGGAUCCACGAGCUAAAGGACACAGUGGACAAACAUUAUCAUUUGCUUGAGCAAUGCAGUCAGCAACGAGAUCGUUACAAGAAAAUGUAUCAUGAUGCGAUGCGUAGCUAUAAUCCUGGGUUCAAAUCAGCUAGCAUGAAUGGAAGUAACUUGCAGGGCGAUACGCUAAUGGACGGUUUGGAUGAGGUACCCUUGGCUAACAGUAGUACAGCAAACGAUAACAAUAGCGGCAGUUUAGCCGCAGCCGUGGCAGAAAAAGAUCGUAAGGUUGCUGAACUGGAAAGCAAAAAUCAGAAUUUGCAGCACGAAAUGAGUGUUGUAAAACAAGAAUUUGAGUCAUACCGACGGGAGAAACACUCCAAUGACGUGCUAACAAAUCAGCAGCUGGAUAAAAUGCGCACUGAAAUCCGCGAACUGUCGGCCAACAACGUGAAGCUGAUGGGCACAAACGAAUUCAACUCCGAGCAGAAUCGACUAAUAUCGAAGAAUAUCACGACGUAUAAAAGUCAGAUUACGGCGCUUGAAGAACGCAAUCGUAAUUAUGAAAGCACUAUUGCGAAACAUGAAGCAUCUAUCAUGUACCUAAAGGAAGAAGCGUUGAGCGCGCAAACGAAACUUGCACGCGCCGAAGUACAGUUGGAAAAUCUAAAGCAGGAGUGUCGAAUUCUGAAGGAUAGCGAAACGCGGCUGCGAACGGAACGUGAAAUAUUAAACCGCGAACGGUGCAACCAAAAUCUGUUGCUUAACAAUCUCGAAAUGAUUAAGGUCAGCAUGGAGCGUUCGGAGAACGAAGGAAGAUUGCGGCUGGAGUCACGCCUCGAUGAAACAUCCCGCGAGUGUUCAGCCUUGCGUCGACGCUUGCAAGAGGAGCAAGAUCUAUACCGUGAGCAAUUGGCCUGUCUGCAGAGACAGGUGGAAACGGCGCAGAAACGAAUGGAAGAGGAAAUUGCCAUCGCAGAGGGACAUCAAGCAGAAUUGCGUGACACGCGUAAUGAGUUAGAAAUCAAAUCGCGUAAAGUCGAUGAUCUUCAGCGCAAGCUUCAGGAAUCAUUGUCUCCGAACGACGAAGACAAUCCAGUGACUCAAGCGAAACGAAAGAUUCGUGAGCUAGAGAACAGUCUGGCUGAGAGCGCCGUGGAAGUGAAUUCGCUACAAGCACAGCUAGCGACAGCGCAAGAGCACGUUAAAAAGUAUGCUGAACUUUCCGAUUCCACAGUAAAAGAGCUAAGCGAUUUGACCGAGCUAUGCAAUCAACAAAAGGAAUCGAGCGAAAAAGAAAUAUCGGCUUUGCGAAAGAGUGAAGCAGAUCUGCGCACCCAAAUAGAUGAGCUGAAAACAGAACUGUCUUUAAAAAUAACUGGUGCUAAGCUUACAACCGGCGACAAGGAUUCCGAGCUGCAUAAGGUACAGCUGGAACUUAAGAUUACCUUGGAAAAGGUAGCCGAUCAAGCCCGCGAACUGCGUGAGAUUCGUGAAAAUUGCAAUGCAUUAGCAGAAAAGUUGCACGAAGCGGAACAAAAGUAUGCACGCGAAAUGGUUGAACAUUCCAGCGAUAUUCAGCAAUUGGCUCAACUGAAAGAGGACAUGCAGCGGAUGCAAACACAAUUCGAAGAACUACAAAAACAACGCGAUCAAGCACAAGAACACUUGAAAACAGGCGAAGAAUGUUGGAACAACAGAGAACAAAAGCUCCGCACUGAAUUAUCCCAGUUGGAGGAACAGUUCAGUAACCUCAACUCGCAGAAUGCAGCAUUGCACGAUCAGAUACAAAACCUAGGUACUCGUUUAUCGAUCAGCGCAGCAUCACAGAACCAAACGUUUACUGAAGCGGAAUCAACGAAUGCGGAUAAUUCUAUGGUGGGUGAAGAUGCUUCCAUUCUGAACCGUUCGUUGAACGAUGAAGAAAAACAAUCCGUCGAACAAUUGCUGCAAAUUAUUAAAUACCUUCGUAAAGAAAAGGAUAUUGCGGUAGCGCGGUCGGACAUGUUACGCUCGGAGAAUGUCCGCAUACAGUCAGAACUAAUGAUCUUAGAAAAGAAGUACGAAGAAGUGCAAGCUGAGCUGAAGGAAAUGCGAGAGAAAACAGAUACCGUUACUGUGACAGCGGCCAAACAUGAGGAGAUAUUGCGCAAGCUCGAUACAUACAACGCGAUAGUGGAUAGCAAUCGGGUACUACGGGAUGAACGGGACGGUCUUAAUCAGAAGGUUCGAGAGUUAUCCCAACGUUUGCUCGACGCUGAAGAUAAGUUAUUCCCGCUGGAGGAGAAGGUGCAAGAGCUGACAGUAAAGCUGGAAUCUUCUACAAAUGAAAACACGACCCUUCGAAUGGAUGUUGCCCGUCAGCGGCAACGUAUGACGUCGCUGGUAGAACGCUCAUCAAAAAUAAAUUCAGACGAUUGGAAACGUAUGCAGACCGAACGAGAAAAUCUCGCCAAAAUGCUCGUUGCCGAAAAGGAUUUGCUCAAGCACGCCAACGAAGAACUAAAUACGCACAAGGUUGAGCGGGCGAGGCUCGAAGGUGAACUGAGUUCGGUCAGCAAGCAAUUGCACGCUUGCAAUGUGCAGGUGAAGAAGUUAACUGACGAUCUGGAGGCAACGGCGGCCCAAACUGUUGAAUUAGAUACGCUUAAAGCAAAGCUGAAGACAACAGAGGAACAACUCGGCGAGGUGCGACUCAAGGAAAGUCAGAUUCGAAAGAUUGCCAAACGUUACAAGGAUUCAUUUAACGAGUUGAAGAAACAGGUUGAUGAACGGGAAACGGAUACAGCGGAAAGUGCUAAUGUUUCGAGAAGUUCUACGCUUGAUGCAAGCGCAUCCGGAGCUGUUGCUGCUGAAGCGACCGAAGAGAAUGCUGUGGACGUGGAAGAUAUGCGGAAACAAGUUGAAUCGGCUGCAGAAGAAAUCGAUACGCUCAAGAAAGAGAACGAGUUGCUGCGUGCUAAACUGGAGAAGGCUGAACGUAGCAUGGACGUUGUUAAAGAAGCGAAAACACGUAUCCUAACACUUACGGAGCAAAAGAAUAAUGCGACACGCGAGUUGAAUACUGUGAAGGGCCAGCUGCAACAGCAAUUGGAUCAAAUGCGCGAGGAAACAGAUAUAUUGAAGGCACAGUAUGAAGGACGUGUGACGCGUUGUGAAAAAGAGACUGCAGAUGCAGAUCGCGAAAGCAAGGAUACAAUCAGUCGAUUGACUCGAGAAAACGAGCAGCUUACGAUUCGACUGAACCAAUUGAAUCGACAGCUAGGACUGCAACAGGCUGUGGCCAAACCAACGACGAGUGCAGGCGGCACCGGCGUUUCGGAGAAACCCGCAGGUGAAAGUCUACGCACAGCGAACGUUAAACCAAUGGCCGGACCAAGCCAACAGCAGUCGGCUACGGUCACACCACGCCGAGUAAGCGAAACACCGCUUGCUAGCAUCCGGCCAAUGGCUGUGGGUAGUCGUACAGCUGCUGUGUUACCAACUAGCCAAACCAGUAGCACGAACGUUGCCAUAGUGCAGGGUUCUUCAGCAUCGGCAUCCGUAUCAACAUCACCGGCGCCCGGUGUUGGUGUAUCUGCUGGAGCAGCGACGAGCAACAGCGCUGCUUCUGCAGGAGGAAGCAGUUCAUCGGGAUGCUCCGGAUCAUCGGUAGCAGGCAGCGGAGGCAGCGCAUCCGCUAGUGUGUCCGGAACGCCGUCGACCAGUGGCCUCACAACGGCUCUUGUUCCACCACAACAGCAGCAAGUGCACAGUGUGACGGCUACUAGCAGCAGUAGCACCUGUGGUGGUACUGGCAUUACCAAUGUGCUAGGAUUAAACGAACAGAUCACAGCAUCUUCGCCAACCAGCUCGCAUACGGACUACAUGCCAGCAACGAGUUCAGCUAGUGUCGCAGUUGCUGCGGUGCCUCCGAUGGGCACAGCUUCGACUUCAACUGCUGAAAGUUCUUCAUCAUCGUCUUCCAGCACGUCCCCCCACGCAGAGGGAGAAAAUACCCCGCAAAUGAGUAGUAACGACCAGGCUCCGCAACAACAGCAGCAACAGGUGCAGCUAGCCGCUGUAGCCAUGGUUUUGCCACAUGUUGAAGGUGGAGUUGCCCAGCAACAAUCCCUGCAACCACAGCAACCACAACCACAUCUUCCGCAGCAACAGCAACAAGCGAAUGUGCAGCUGCAAUUACAACCACUGCAGCAGCAGCAACUGCAAUCAACUCCUCAAGCUUCAUCUAGCAAUACGGUAACCACUACGCAGGCCGGCCAUAAACGUCCGCGCGAUGUAGAAGGCGACAGCUCAACAGAUAACGCUGGGCAACAGUUGGCUAUUAAACCAACGCCAGCAAAAAAACGUAUCCGUAUGGUGCAAGUAGCAGUAGAUGGUUUUCAGGGUGUCAGUGAAUCUGGGUUGGAUGUUGAAUAUCAAGUACCCACAUCGUCACAACGCGAUCAAGAGGACGACAUCAUUGUGGUAGAUUCCGAGGGAGAAGAUGACGAUGACGAUGAGGAGGAAGACGAGGAGGAAGACGUCGGCAUGGCUGACGAAGGUAUGGCAGAAGCGGACGAUGGUCCGUUCGAUGUGUAUGAGACAGAAGAGUUGGGCGUUGCCGGUGGUGUUGGAGCCUACGACGAGGGUGAAGGUCCAGACAUUGACGAGGAUAACAAUAUUCAGUCUGCUAAUAAUGAGGUUGAUGUGGAUGAAGAUAAUGAAAUACCGAAUCCUUGUGGCACAACUUCUACCACUUCUACGUCGACAUCCUCCACAUCAUCGUCUACGCAGCCAGCGAAACAGACGUCAGGUCAACACACGACCCCGAUGGAUACGACGGAAGAUGUCGACACUAGCAGCACCAGCAGCACAACAGUGCCUGCCGGAGUAAGUUCAGUUGCUGUUGCCGGUCCAUCCACAUCCAUGCCGUCGUCAUCUCCUAUUGAGAGCGGCGCAAGUACGAGUUCCAGCAUCGGUGGCAAUGUAUCGAACGAUGCACAGCAAUUGCCACAGAUUCAAAGCACUACUGGUAUUAAUCACAGUGAAGCUUCCUCCGGUCAACAAUCGUCUACCUCUUCCUCGGUACCACUGCCAUCUACAGCUGCGUCAUCGUCAGGAACUGGAACUGCAUCAGUCCAAUCGCAAGGAGCUGCGGCUAGUGGUAUUGUCGGUGGUAGUGCACGCCAAGUAGUAAAUCCACUGGGUCGCCAGCAGCAGCAGACGUCACACCUCAUAUUGAUGCAACAGAACUAUGAGCAUCACGAAAGUGCGGACGAUCGUAUUGUGCCGAGUACACCGACAUUGUAUGCUCCUCGUCGAACUGAUGGUUUCAGUGUAGGUUCGCCCCAUCCACAAGUACCUACUGCACGAUUUACAUUCAGUGAAACGUCCACCAGUCGUCAAUCAGUCGGUGUGGUACCAACAAGUGGUGGGGUUAGUGGCAGUGUAGGACUUCCCGAGGGGAUUGAUGACACCAGAAUCGAUCUAUCACAGCUCGAAGAUGCAACGGCUGGUGGCAGUAGUGGAGGUGGACGCAGUGUGCCUACGACACCACAACAUACCACAAGUACCGAUCAGAUCGCAAUGGGAGGAAUGGCCGCAGCGGGCCCAUCCAAUAAUAUCGAACGUUCAUCUCCUGGUGGUGGCGAAAGUCAAGUCCCCGAUAUUCUCGUCCCGGGCGCUGGUAUUGGAGACGGCUACAUUCCCGAACCUACUACCAGCACUACAUAUUCCUCCGAAGCGCUGGCUGCGACUGAUGCAGCUAGUUCGGAAGUUCUCGAUCGUAGUGAACGAGAACUGUUAGGGGAAGACGAAGAUGUCCUCGUCGACGACGGUGUGGCAGGAGAUGUUUCAGUGAUGGAUGCUGAAGCGGACGAUGACACAAGAACGGCAGAUUCUAAGACUACGACUGCAGCCCCAACUACUUCAGGAAAUAUAGAAACUGCAAUAGCAGGAGCAUCGUCACGGACAGCGCAACAGUCCGGAUCCGCCAGUGGUAGUGGAUUAUCCUCUGGUUCCGGUAACAAUGAAGCCGAUACAGGUACUGGCGACGAUAGAAUCAGUUCGGAAGGAGAAAAAUUGUCUACCACUUCCCGACCGAUGGAAGAGAGUAGUGAAGCGGAAGUAUUGGAAACUCCCAGCAGCAAUACGCGUUCGCGUACCUUGACACAACGAGGUACACCAAAUGUUUCGGGGCGCCAUGCCGGUCGACGUUACAAUCAUCGUGGGGCAAACCGUUCCCCUAUAACGUGGAACGAAGGGAGCGACUCACACAACCGUCCUGGCUCACAAAGUACGGGACCGAUGCAUUACCAGCCUCCGCACAUGAUGCAACAACAGCAACAACAACAUCAUCAACAAGGUCGAGGCCGGAAUCCACGAACCGGUCGUGGAAGACGUAUGAAUAACGCGUACCGAUAUCAAUAA